ACCCAUUCGGUAAUAUGCGAUAAUACAUCGGACUUGAGUAAGCUACUUAUUUGGAGGAACAGCUAAGAUCAAAGCCGUCCUCGUCGUUUACAGUUUCGAAAAUAAUUCCGUUACGAAGUUGAUCGAACCAGUUUGACUAUUUUUACUCGAGGUCAUCGGUCAAGAUGCCUCAAUGGGCGGGUUCAAAGUUCACUAACCUUUCAAUAGGAAUAGCCGUGUCCCAUGAAUCAGGAAAUAGUAAAACGAAAGUGAACGAAUUGCACCGGAAGGGGAUGCAGUCCGUAGAGCAAGCCACAGACCGGCGGAUUCUGCAACGGUAUCAAGCACGGGAGGGUGUGUUUGCGGCGCCGGUCGCCAUAACUGAAAUCAAUACAGCCCUUAGCUGCUUUCUGCACCCUUGCCGGAGUGGAGCGCCGCCACGCUGCGACGAAAACGUUCAAGAACGACCUGCAGAGUCGAUCCAACGGCGUACCAACGAGAUUCACCGACGAUGUUCUAGGAAUGUUCGACCAUAAUUUCUGUAAACGUAGACAGCUACAGUCGAGGAUUCGAACGAAAGGCACGCUAACCUGUUGAGAGUCGCAGAGAUAGUAUGCCUCGAGGCUGGUAAUUGUGUGCACGUAUCUUAUCAAAUACCUGCGGAGGAAGACAAAUAGUACAUACAUGCAUCUCUGUACGUAUAGACCAGGUGCCUAUACCAAGCCUAAUUAUUCUCGGUACAACUUUCGAGAAUCGGGUGUACGAUGACGAAAAUAAUCUGUCGGAUAUCCGGAGAUAAGCGACGCAAACUUCAGCUGUUAAAUAAUCGACGUCGUAUAACGACCGGAUUAUACUUUACGGUCAACCGUCAAAAGUGUUUUUAAAAAUGAUAUUCGGUAAAACGCGGUCAGUUAUUUAAAUGAUCACGGAGAAAGUUCAAACCGCAAACUCUGGAGCGAGUGUAAUAUUAUGCAGUAAUUUAAGAAUACACGUUAUGCGGUGAAAAAAAUAAAAUAAAUAAAAAAAAAAUGGCUGCCCCUGAACCCUGCAAGCAACAAUAGGCGCUAGAUAUUACCGGGGAAAAUGUUACACGCCUAAGAACAAAUCCGUCAUUAAAGUCUCCUACGUUUCAUACCACGUAGGUCGAGGUCAAAAACUUUCACGGCCGCACAACCUUAUAUCGAAGAUACAUUAUUGAAAAAAAAUUAUCUGCACGAAGGAAAUGCUCCGCAUAUCUCGUCGAUUCGUAUAUUUAUUUUAUAGUGUCAUAUAAACUGCAAUGGUACAUCAUAAAUCGGCAAAAAAAACGUCGUCUCUAAAUCUCCAGGCGAAGAGAAAAUCUCCAUCUGCAAUUUAUUUGAAGAAUGUUGUAGAUUUGUAUUUUUGUCAUUUGGUUUUCUUAAAUAUCUGUUUUUUUUUCUUUGUCCACGGAAGCGUCUUUCACGAACGGAAGACCUCCGUAGUCCUCGAGCGUGGUUGUAACGUGAAAUUUCUUUAGCCGGUCGAUCGUGAGGUGGCACAAAAAUUCAUCGAGGUCGGGAGGGAUUGAGGUUAGCACAGCUUUGAAAAGAGUACAAUGACGUCAACGUACCGGUGUCCCACAGCAUGUACCAAUACCUUUUCCAUCCGUCGUAAAAUUCCUGAUGGACCACGACGCGUACAUAUGUUUGCUUGGAUUAUUCAUCUACCAUUAUCACAUGUACGUGACACUACGGUACAUCGUUCGUUAUUCCGAUUCUGCUGCACAGACACGACUUAUUGCCAUGGUCCACAUACGUCUCGCAGCAUCUUUAUUUUUUCAUAUCUAAUCUUCGUGGGAGCCGACAUGCCCUCUUUAAUCGGCACCGCGGUCUUAUCCCAUUUUCUUGGAAUCUAGCGCCGUAAAGAUGAAAAGGAGAUUCAACGACUAUAUGCUCGCGAUAUGUUCAUUCGUUCAAUCAUUUCUUAUCGGUUCCAGCUGAUGGGGUGGAAUCGAAUCGCAAAAAAUUUGGACUAUUUUUCUACAAAAUUUUUUCGGUAAUAGCACUUUUGAGUGAACGUGCGAUUGCGACAUGUCAAUUGGAGAACACCUGGAGAGUAGUGGAGCGAAUGAUGUUUUAUACCGUGUAUCCUGAUCAGGUAAUUGUUUAAUCAAGGUACUCGGCGACCGGUGAAUUUUUCCGCUGAAGUAAUGAAGAUGUAGAAAUAUUUAUUUAAAACCAAGUUUAGCACCGUUUAGAUACCCGUUCAUUUAUUUUUCUUCACGAAUUUUCAUCAGCUCAUCCCGAAUCCCCAUUACCCCUUUCGUAAACCUGUAACAAUAAAAACUGUCCGCUGUACACUCUACUUUCCAAUAAUUGCAAAGCGGAUAUUGUUACCAGGUUUAUGACCAACGCGUAAAACCCAGCGAUAAAUUAAUAUCAUAAGUAAUAUAGUUUCUAAUUUCUUCGAUACCUAUAACACACGGACACGUACACAAAACUAUCUAUUAUGCAUAGGUGAACGAUUUCAUCUGAUAUCGUGCCGAUUACUCUGUCUUCACUUUCUUCUUGUACACAUAAUUACAUUUUUACAAUUACACACAAUUAUUUUUACAAUCACAUGCAUACCUUAUAUUUAUGUAGAGGAAACCUUUCGAAUAGAGUAGAAAAUAUCAACGUGUAGCAGAUGGGUUUCUAGGCGUCGUCAUUGAUGUCUAUAGCUAACUGUAAAUAUGAAUAAAAUGUCACGUGCUGCAGUCUUUAAUUGUGUAAAUUCAUGCACAAAAUAAUUACACGGCUUUGUCCGGAUGAUCACGUUACAUGGAAAAUAUUGAAAUUGUUUCAUGGGCUCCGCUAAAAUUCGGGACCUCGAAAGUUGUUACGAUAUUUUCAAGAACUUUUUUUUCUCACGUGUUACAAUUACACCUUCAACCAAAUUUGAUCAAAACUCGUCAAUUCGUAUGCUCACGAAUUAUUUCAUUCGAAAAGUUGUCAAGCUGAUACAUGUGUAUACCGUACAGCAUUACGAAAAAAAAAAAAGAAAAAUGAAAAAAGACGGGAGAUAUUUUUAUCUUACCGUUGGCGGUGCACUUUCUCCAACGAAACCUGCUGUCCGAUGUUCGAAUGUGGGGGAGAGUACACUUGGAUAACCUUGAUUUUUUUGAAAAGCCGCAUGCGUAUCCUUUUCUUUUUUUAUUCCAGUGAAAGUACGUGAGCUGAUAUGGUCCGGUAGUUAUUUAUUCAUAAAUUAUUCAUCUAGACAUAUCGUACCGUUUAUUCGGCUAUCGGACUCACAAUUUAUUACUCUUCAUCAGCACGCACAAUCAGGUCAUCGAUCAGAUGAUCUGUUGCAUUUCAUACUUGUUUACUUCACUUCGGGAAUAGACUAAUUUUUGUGAGUUUUUUUUCCGAUGAAUGGUUUUGCAGUAUAAGUUAUUGCGAAUAUAAAAAUCACGCGGGGCAUCCGAUUCUCGAUAACGCGAAAUAUGGAUCUAUUACGAUAUUCCAAUUCUUGAAGGUAACGCAAUUUCUGGAUAGAAAUUAGUCACGAAUACGCGCGAAUACGCGCUCUGAUUUUGUUGAAGUUUGAGGGAUUCUUUCGAUACAUACGUCGUACCAUGUAUCCAUCAUAGGCAAUCGCUUUCUUCCGAUUAAUAUCCUUGUAGAUGACCUGCAAUAACGAGGAACAUGAAACGUGGUACGCGGAUAACAUACCGGCUCGCGAACCGACUCGUUAUCUCCCGCCGCGGCUUCGCGAAUUCGACAAGUCUCGCGAAUCGAUUAGGCGAAUACCGUGAGAUGAUAAAAAAGCGAUCCUCGUGUUCGCGAAGAUCGUUAUAAACGUUAUUUUAUUCAAACCGAUUGAUUUCAAAGACUUUGAAAUCCUCCCACAGGGAUUUUCCUCAGUAUCGCCAUCGGAUCGAAUUUUUUUUUUGCCGAUAGUUUGGAAAUAAAAUAUUUUAUA